AUGGUUUCUGGCGUAACUCAGCAGUACCGGGGCGGCGGGGGCGGCGGCGGAGGCAGCUCCAUCGCCGCCGUCGAUGGCAGCGGUGGAGGACCCAGCAUUCGCUUCGAGGGCAUCACCCUGGAGCUGUCAUCUUUCUCCGGCUGCCAGUUCGACUUCGGGAAGAGCGGGAACCUUGUCCUUAGCUUCAACGGAUUCACCGGCACGGUGUCCCUGCAGAGCUCUUUGUCGUCUUCUGGGUCCUCCACGCCCAAGAUUCGGGGCGGGGGCGCACGAGGAGCUAGAAGCUACGCCCUCCCGCUGUGCUGCACGAGCAGCGAGGCCGGCUCCCUCGGAGUCCUGGACGGUGCCGAGGCCGUUGCUAUGGACCAGAGCGACUACGACAUGGCCCUGUCCCAGCUCGAGCACGGGGACUCGCCCAAGUCAUCCUUCUCAGCAACAGCGGCGGGGGCGGCGGCGUCAAGGUCUCCGUCCACCGCCAUGUUCAACAGCCCUUCGACGUUGCGGCAAGCCUGCGAGGGUGCGCAAAACCCCGGUGCCGCCGCAGCAGCAGCAGCAGGCGGUGGAAGCGCGAGGAAGCAGCAGCAGCAGCAGCAGCAGCAGCAGCAGCAACCGCCGUCUCACGUUUCCCCGUCCAGCUCCAUGAAGAGCAGCGGCAAUGCAUCCGUUAUCGCUCAGCAGGCCGCCAGCCCGUCUGCUGGGGUCGGCCCCCGCAACAAGCGGUCCUCGCCGUCGUCGUCGUCAGGCGGAGUAGCGGCGGCGGCAGGUACCGCUCCUCCUGCUGUUUCUCCCGACGCUCAGGGCCCGUCCACAGCUGCGACAACGACGGGCAAGCCUAAGGGUAAGCGCGCGCGGAGGGCGAGGGGAGAGGAGAGCACCAAUGCUUCCGGCGCCGCCGCCGCUAGUAGUAUUACCAAGACGAACGCCACCCGGGCUAAGGACAAGACGAAGAGACCUGCCGUCGUGGCUUCGAAGAAGACGGCAAGGGCGAAGCGGCAGCAGCAGAGGAAGGAAGAAGACUCUUCGCUGAACAAGGAGAACCAUCCGGCGACCAAAAGCCCCGCCGGGGGUACUAUGGUUGAGGCCAUGGACGAAGAAGACGGCGAUGACGAAGCGCGUGUUCAGACUCACGUCAGCGAUGACGGAAGCAGCAGCGCAUCCGAGGAGGAGGAAGAGGAGGAGGGAGGGGAGGCGUCCCCGUCUUCUUCCGCGGCCGCCGCGUGGCUAGCGAUCUCUUCCUCCGGCGCCGCCGCUGCCUCGCCGCCGGCUAGCCCGGGCCCGCUCAGCCGGUCAGCCAGGGCGCAGAUCGUGGCGGGCGUCGGGGUGGGGGCCAGGAGCGGGGAUGGGGGCGUGGGUCCCAUGGGGAGGUGGGGCCAUACCGCGACGAUGAUCUCGGAGUCGACCAUGAUGGUACUCGGGGGUCAGGCGGACGAUGACGCCCACCAGGCUACGCUCGGCGACCUCUACAAGUUUGACUUCGCGACCGAGUCGUGGAGCCGGCCGGUGAACUGCGACAGCAUCCCCCGCGCGUGGCACUCUGCUUCGUUCAUCAAGGACAAGAACCUGCUCGUCAUAUUUGGUGGGGAGAGGACGGUGGACGGCUGUCCAGAGUGCCUGGACGAUAUCAUGGUGCUCGAUACCGAUAUCGACCUCCUGUACCCCCCGGCGAUCUCCGGCAAGUCUCCCACCGCACGGUCGGGACACUCGGCGGCCAUCAUCGGCACCGACCUCGUCGUCUUCGGAGGCGUUCGCGGAAGGAAGUGGCAGAACAACGUGGCCGUCCUCGACACAGAGCGGUGGCACUGGCGCCACCCGACCAUCGACGGCUCCAACCCGGCGCCUCGGUCGUACCAUACCUCCACCGUGGUGGGGAACCUGAUGGUCGUGUUCGGCGGGAACAACCACAACGAGAGCUUCGACAAGGUCCACGUCCUCGACACGAGCAAGUCACGGUGGGUGUGGUCGACGCCUGAGGUGGUGGGAGUAGCGCCACCCCCCCGCACCGGUCAUUCUGCGGUGCUCCUGCCGGACGGGCACACGAUCUUUAUUCACGGGGGAUGGGACCCGGAAGACGAAGGAGGGGUGAAAAACUUCGGGGACGCCUACCUGCUGGACACGAACCUCUGGGAGUGGACCCGCGGCCCGGAAUUCCUGCUGGGUGCCGACGAGGCCGGGCUCCGGGUGGGACACACGGCCGUCUUAGCCCGGUGCAAUAGCAACAGCGGAGGAGGGUGCGACGCAACCGCAACAGAAGGAGAGGGUUUCGAAAUGAAGGCGGCGUACUUCGGGGGGCAGGACGGGGAUGGAGUACGGCGCAGUGAGCUCGCCCUGCUGACCUUGUGAUGACGCGCUUUUUUUUUCUUCUUGCUUUCGAUGUCUGUCUGACUUGUGUGUUGUCUGUGAUGUGCCCCUCUCUCCGAGGGCAGGGUUUUGAUGGUUUUCGUAAAAAUGCCCCAGGAAAGUCUGCCUGGAACAUCGUUGUGUUGAUCACGCUUGAAAUCGUUUCUCUUUUUUGUGCUUUUUUUUUUCUUGUCAUUCUCUGGUGGGGAACUAGAUGCGGAGGUUGAUUGGAGGUGGUGUGCAUCCUGUUAUCUCACUUGUUUUUGGCCAGCGGGAUGGCUGCGGAAGAAAGGACAGACAGGCGGGUGAUGUGCCAUUUCCCCGUAUUUUCGAUCCAUCGCUACGUACGAGGACGUUGCUUGAAUGGUGACAGGUCAGGGAGAGGCGACGCGACGUCGCAAGGGGGGAGGGGGGCAUGGGCAGUAAGGACACACAAUCUCAAUCUUGGAGCUGUAACAGUAGGUUUUUAGUUGUCUGGGCAAUCGAGAAGUUGCUGUUUUUCGGUGGCGCGCUGCGCGUUUUGGCGGGGGGGGGGUCGUGUUAUUAAACCCGGUUUCCACCUCUUCCGACUGAGUCGCGCUCUGCCAGUUUUUCGUUUCAACGAUGACGGUUUUUGGUUGUGUUGUCUUGUUUCCAAAUUUGAUCGCAUUUUUCUCAGUUUUUUGUUUGUUUGGCAGAUACGGGGUGGUGAUGGUAGUGGCGCCAUUGGAUGCAGGAGGGGCAUCCAAUGUUUUUAUCCAGGAUAUUUGUUGUUGGACGGGCACAGUAGUUCAUUGCAAUAACUUUAGUGUUGGUGGUUUUGUAGGGGGGGGGGGGGGGGNGGGGGGGGGGGGGGGGGGGUCGGCGAUGAUAAAUGAACUUACUACGUGUAGGCAGCCCCGACCGGCGAGGUGAUGCUGCACACAUCAAUCGAGACAAUAAGCGGAUUAGUAUUUAGACUGGUGCGUUCUUUGUGCCAGUACCGCCUGACUCACUUUUUGUUGUGCUCACGGGCGGAAAAGAAGGUGUUGUCUGAUGACUGUUGAACGUGUUGCUGGGAAUGGCCACGAAGAUAAAGCUGCCUCUCACGGGCUAGAAUGAGUACGAUUGGUUUGUGUACCCUAGUAGUAUAGGAGGCUCACGGACUCCCUUCAUUAUUAUUUGCAAAAAGCUGAGGGUGGUAGCAUAGUUGCUGCGAGCACAGAGGAGGAAGAUGAUGAGUAGUAGCUGAUGUAGGCGGUGUUCGAUGCAGGAACGGCGGUAUUCCGCUGCCGUGUCGUCGUCUGUCUACGGCAGAAGACCGAUGGGGGGGGUGGGUCUGGUGUCAAUAUCAGCUGGAAAAGCAAGGAAACUUUGAAGGGUGUGGUGCUCUUUUUCGCUGGUAAAUACUAUGGGUACAUUUUUUUCUGUAGUCUGCAGGAUGGAGAGAGUUCUGGACGAAGGUUGGUUGUUGCCGCGAAGAAAAACAAAUUUUAGACAAAAACAGAGCAGCUGUAAAC